UGGGUUUUAAUAUCCGCACGGCGCCCCGCCGUACUGAUUUUCCCGUCGGUUAUUAACCAAUCGAAACCCGGCCUAGGCGGUGCUCGUCGGACGGCCGACCCUCUCGCCAGUCACCGGACCACGCGCACGCCUGCCGACACUCACAGUCCGUCGUUCACCGUUCCCAUCCGCACACAGUCACUGCGCUUCCGAGAUUUCUUUACUCUAAUGACGAGAUUGAUGACGGCAUCGCAUCCAUCACUCUCACUUGUACCACGAUUGAUUUCGCGUGUGUGACGUAUCGCGGAAAACGUUAGCCUUUUAUCUACCGAUUACUUAACACUCUCGUGAACCGUAUUGAAUAGAGUUUUUUUUUAUUUUUUAAACAUUUGCGUCAUGGUUGACGAAACCAAGUGUAGUUCGGUCGAAGAUGGUACGACAUCGGACGAAGAUCGCGACGUUCGCGUGGAUUCCGAUGGAUCCGACGAAGAGUUGUGUAUGGACGAAGAGGACGAAGACGACGUAUCGCCAACGUCAGCUUCGGGCGCCUUGACGUUUGGCAUAUCCCGUUUGUUGGGGGCUGGUGGCAGUGAUUCGUCUACCAAACGGUCUUUGGCCACUAGUAUGGCUGGAGCUGCGGUUUCAGGCCAUGCCGAAGCUUUGGCUUCGUUGUACGCGGCCGGCCACCAUGCGGCCGUAUUCGGUUUGCACCAUCUUCACCAGCAACACCAACAUCAUCAGCUCAUAGGUGCUAAGCCAGACGACAAGUUUUUACAAUAUACCGGCGCUGCUGGAGUCAUCAAGGUACCCGCUCACAGACCUUUAUCAAAUGGCAGCUCCCCGGGCCCUAUGCCGUCCCCUUGGGCCACUGCAGCUAUAGACCCAGUGUCCUUUAUGCAACGCAAUGCUUUCCUAUUCGCCGCCGACAAGAAUCGACUAGCAGCAGGUUGUGCUGGUGGCUUACUCGGUACCCGUCGCAUAGGACAUCCAUAUCAGAAUAGAACUCCUCCCAAACGGAAAAAGCCCAGGACGUCGUUCACUCGUAGUCAAAUUUCUCAAUUGGAAGAAAAGUUCAACAAGCACAGGUACUUGUCGUCUGUGGAUCGGGCGGCACUCGCUAAAUCUUUAAAAAUGACCGACGCCCAAGUCAAAACAUGGUUUCAAAAUAGGCGCACCAAAUGGAGAAGGCACAUGAUGGAAGAAAGAGAAGCUCAACGUCAAAUGGCUACCAAAAUGAUGCAGUCAAUGAUGGACGACCGUGAUGGUGGUGUUCGGCUGGGCGCCUUGCAAGGGUUACAAGCGUGGUCACCAACUGCCAUGUCACCCGGAAGUGGAAGCGUCUCGGUUGGCGGCCCUACGUUGGUACAAGCACCUCAACCAACGCCAGGACAUUUCUCGUUAUCUCAACCUCCUGUCGCUUCACCCAUGUGCUAAUCGAUCGCAGUCAUUAACACCGUUGCUACCAUUAUUCACCAGUUGGAUAAUUGACUCUUUGAGUUAAGUGAAAGUACGUCUGAGUAAUGUGUUAUUUGUAU